AUGGCCGAAAAAAUUACCAACAAGGUCAACACCUCAGGCGUGUCUGUGGAAAACUCAUCAUCGGAACACAAUGAUACCGAGGAUGGCUCGAGGAAAGUUCCGGACACCCGCCAGCGCAUCUCAGAUAUCUUCACAAUUAUCUGCGCUGGAGCAGCUCUGAUCUCGGAUGGUUACCAAAACAACCUCAUGACCAUGUCAAACGUCCUCUUCAAGCAGGAAUACCCAGCCGAGUACACCUCCACUGUCAGCACUCGGGUAUCCAAUGCUCUGCUUGUAGGAGAAGUCCUGGGCCAGGUCGCGAUCGGUCUAACAUGCGACUACAUGGGCCGCAAAACAGCAAUUGUUCUGACUACCCUCUGUAUUGUCAUUGGUGGUAUUCUUGCCACUGCCUCUCACGGGGUUACUAUCGAUGGCAUGUUCUGGAUGCUCACAGUCUCCCGCGGUAUCGUUGGAUUUGGUGCUGGUGGCGAGUAUCCCGCCAGCAGUACCUCCGCCUCUGAGUCCGCCAACGAAUAUGUCCCCAAGAGCCGCGGUCCCAUCUUCAUUCUGGUAACCAACCUACCCCUGUCUUUCGGAGGUCCCCUCGCGGUGUCCGUCUUCAUGAUCGUUCUUUCUGCUGCCGGGACGGACCAUCUAUCAACAGUAUGGCGAGUCUGUUUCGGUAUCGGCAUCAUCCUGCCCCUGAGCGUCUUCUAUUUCCGACUCAAAAUGAUCAACUCGAAGCUGUACCGUGCUGGUGCUAUCAAGCGAAGAGUGCCCUAUCUCCUCGUUCUACGCUACUACUGGAAGACUCUCAUCGGCACCUGUGGCGCCUGGUUCCUCUAUGACUUUGUCACUUUCCCCAACGGCGUCUUCUCCGGCACCAUUCUCGCCUCCGUCGUUCCAUCAGGAGGGAACAGCCUUCUCCACACGGCAGAGUGGCAAUUGCUUCUUGGUGCGAUCGCUCUCCCUGGUGUGUUCCUUGGCGCUUUCUUAUGCGACCGUGUCGGGCGCAAGACCACCAUGAUGAUCGGCUUCACAGGCUAUCUAGUCUUCGGACUGAUUAUUGGUUGCGCCUACGACCAGAUCACCAAAAUUACUGCCCUGUUUGUCGUCUUUUAUGGUCUCAUGCAGAGCUCUGGAAACAUGGGUCCCGGUGAUAUGCUUGGUCUCCUCUCUUCCGAGAGCUAUGCCACCAGCGUUCGCGGAACCUGCUAUGGAAUCAGUGCGGCCCUGGGUAAGGUCGGUGCGGCUGUCGGUACCCAAGCCUUCACGCCAAUCCAGACAAACCUCGGAAAGAAGUGGACUUUUAUCAUCGCUGCCAUCUGCGGUGUGGUUGGUGUGAUUGUCACUUAUUUCUUUGUGCCUGAUGUUAAGGGGGAUGAUUUGGCGGAGAGCGAUGAGAAAUUCCGGCAGUAUCUGAUCGAAAAUGGAUGGGACGGCGAGAUGGGAGAGGGCAACCUGAAGCACGAGGUGGAUGAUGUACCAGUUCCCGCUUACAGCGUGAAAGAGAAGGUUGAGUCUUAG